CGCACGCGCGCCGGGUAGGCGAGGGGUUGGAGGGUGGCGUGUGGCUGCCGGCGGGUGAGGAGAAGCUGAGCCUGUGCGCGGUGACGAGGCCGUGGCCGGUCUAGAGCCAUGGCGGGAGGAGGCAGCGCCGGCGAGUGGUGCCUCAUGGAGAGCGACCCGGGUGUCUUCACAGAGCUUAUCAAGGGGUUCGGUUGUAGGGGUGCACAGGUUGAAGAAAUAUGGAGUCUGGAGCCAGAGAACUUUGAAAAAUUAAAGCCAGUUCAUGGGCUAAUUUUUCUGUUCAAGUGGCAACCAGGUGAAGAACCAGCUGGAUCUGUUGUUCAAGAUUCCAGAUUAGAUACAAUAUUUUUUGCUAAACAGGUUAUAAAUAAUGCUUGUGCAACUCAAGCCAUAGUAAGUGUGCUACUGAACUGUACCCAUCAGGACGUCCACUUAGGAGAAACACUAUCAGAAUUUAAAGAAUUCUCACAGAGCUUUGAUGCAGCGAUGAAGGGUCUAGCAUUAAGUAACUCAGAAGUGAUUCGGCAAGUCCAUAACAGUUUUGCCAGACAACAGAUGUUUGAGUUUGAUGCAAAGUCAACAGCUAAAGAAGAAGAUGCUUUCCAUUUUGUCAGUUACGUUCCUGUAAAUGGGAGAUUAUAUGAACUCGAUGGUCUAAGGGAAGGCCCAAUUGAUUUGGGAGUAUGUAAUCAAGAUGACUGGAUCAGCGCUGUAAGGCCUGUCAUAGAAAAAAGAAUACAAAAGUAUAGUGAAGGCGAAAUAAGGUUUAACUUGAUGGCGAUUGUAUCAGACAGAAAAAUGAUAUAUGAACAGAAAAUAUCAGAGUUGCAGAAACAACUUGUUGAGGAAGAGCCCAUGGAUACAGACCAGAGCAGUAAUAUACUAAGCUCUAUUCAGUCAGAAGUUGCCAAAUACCAGAUGUUAAUUGAGGAAGAAAAUCAAAAGUUGAAAAGAUACAAGGGGGCUGUGCAACCUGAUCCCUCCAGCAAGAUUGAAAAUAUUAGAAGAAAACAUAACUACCUACCUUUCAUAAUGGAAUUGCUGAAGACUUUAGCAGAACACCAACAAUUAAUCCCGCUUGUAGAAAAGGCAAAAGAAAAACAGAAUGCUAAGAAAGCUCAGGAGGCCAAAUGAAGACUGCCCUUAUGGAGGAGGAAAUGUGCUCCAGAAUUUUUGCCUUCAUCCAAAUAACUCUGCCAGACUUCCUGUAAAGUUCAAAUUUGUCCAGUGCACGUUUGUAACAGUUUGUCCUGUACUAUUUGCACGGGGUCUUAUAAACCUUCCCUUUUCCCCUGCAUCAUGUGCAUGUACCACUCAGUAAUGGGUUAUAGAGUCUCUGUCGAAUUCCAGUAUUUAACAGUGAGAUCACUGAUUCUUCAUAUUUAAUCAGGAAAUGGAGCUACAAUUUGUAUGGGCCCAAACUUGUGCAAGUAAUGUAAAUCUUUUUACUGUAAUGAACCUAUUUAAAUAUCUUGUCUCUCAGUGAAGCCUUUCAAUAUAGUUGUGCAAAGAAAGCUUGACUUUUUUCUUUUAAAGAUUAAGUUGACUUUUCUUUGCUUAUCACCACUUACUGUCUUGGUCUCUGACAGCAUAAUCCUAUGCAGAGUUCUUCCAGUCUGCCCAGUGGGUGUGGGCUGGAGUAACUUUGCAGAGGACUGCCCUGUUAGUCUUUCAGCAUUCUUGUUUUAUGGAGUUUGUGUCUAAUUUUUAUACAGAGUCGAAGCUACAGUUUGAAUGGUAAGAGUCACUUACAAAGACCAAUGAAUAAGAUCAAGAGUUUAUUGCUUUGUGGGGGAGGAAAUAAAUAUUUCCAUUUUUAUUUUGGCAAAA